AUAAUAGGGAUCGUUUUUCAUUGGUUAGUUUAUCCCGUUAUUCCUUGUUUGUUCCGUGCGUUAGUAGGAACCGGCAAAAUGGUAGAAGAGUUGUCAGUGACGCUGCCAGACAAUGUUUUGGAAGUUAUAUUUUCUUAUUUGGACCUUCACGAUCUAAGAAACUGCUCACUCGUGUGCAAGAAUUGGUACAGGUUUUUGAAUGAUGAAAAUAAUGACGUGUGGCGCUUACAUUGCAUAAGAAAAUUGGCGGAGGAAGCCCUUAAGUCAGAUUUACUUUCUUCUGUGCCAACGUAUAAAGCAAAGUUGCGUGCGUUUUAUCAUGCAUGGAAUCCAAAUGACUGUUCGAGGAACGUUUAUAUCAAACCUAAUGGAUUUACACUUCAUCGCAACCCUGUGGCGCAAAGUACGGACGCUGCCAGAGGAAAAAUUGGCUUCAGGCAUGGGAGGCAUGCAUGGGAAGUCAUAUGGGAAGGUCCACUUGGAACCGUAGCUGUAAUUGGAAUCGCAACGAAAGAAGCGCCGCUGCAGUGCCAUGGCUACGUCGCUCUUUUGGGUUCUGAUGAUCAGAGCUGGGGCUGGAACUUAGUGGAUAAUCAUCUUCUUCAUAAUGGAGAUUCGCAAGGAAACUAUCCUCUUCUGAACAACGCUCCUAAAUAUCAGGUUGGCGAAAGAAUAAGAGUUAUACUUGAUUGUGAUGAUAAUACAUUGUCAUUUGAAAAAAAUUAUGAGUUCCUUGGUGUUGCUUUCAGAGGUCUCCCAGAUAAAAGACUAUAUCCUUCGGUGUCUGCAGUGUAUGGGAACACUGAAGUUUCCAUGGUCUACCUGGGACCGCCUUUGGAUGGCUAACACACAGUUAAUGUGACUCAAUCUCUCAGAGGAACCAGAGAUAUGUUGAUGUUUCCCACCAUGAUUCAGUCACUAAACAACUGUCUGUAACUCUCAAGAGUAAUCAGCUGUGAACAAUAAUGUUGUAAAUUCUGGUGACAGUGAUGUAAAGUAUCAAGUUUUUUCAAAAGGUCAUUUGCAUUUGACAAAAAUGCACUCCAGGUAUUUUACUUACACUCUAGGUUGAAUCUGGCAAUUUUAGAAACAAAACAUGACUAUUGUAUGAAAAUUUAUUUUCUCAGUGCAGUAGAACGUUGUCAGUUCAUUUUACAGACCCACAACAACGCAUCAUCAUCAUCAUUGUAUUAUAGAAUGUUUUGUUUUAUUUUGUUAUGUGUGUGUGCGUAUCACAUGAUGAGUCCCCCAGAAUGUUUAGUGUAAUAAUGCAUGGACAUCAGCAUAAAUCACAGUGUUCGUAAAGCUGCCAGUAUUAAUAGGUUUGUUUUAAAUUUGUUAUUGUUAUAUUAUUGUCUGUGAUUUAGUGUAGUAAGUGUAUUUUUCAAGUCAUAUUCAUGGUACAAAAUAUCUCUGCACUUGAAAUUCUUUCUUUGCAGGCCAUAUGAAUAAUAUGUUAUUAGGAUAGGUCAUGUAACAGAAUUUACAACUCACUAUUCAAGGAUUUACAAAUACAAGACACUCAGUGAUAAAAAGAUAAUACCUGUUAUUGCAGAAAAGAGCUUCAGUUUUCAGCAGCAGCACACUUUUCAGGGAAUAUAUUAAAUGUUUUACAAUAAAUUGUAAAUUUUGAAGGAAGAACAGUAGUAGAAUUUGAUGAUAUGUCGUAUUUAUUUACCCAUGCUUAAUGUAAAUAUAUUAUACUUAAAAAUGUUACCCGGUGCCAUAUGCACAUAUUCUUAUGCCUCUGGAGUAUGAGAUGAAUAUAUUUUUCCUUCCUUUCUGUCAGAUUUCAUAGAUAUUAUGUGAUUGGUUAUGUUAAUUUAAUCCUGUGCUUCCAUGUAGAGAUGUUCGCUGUAAAUGGAAUUAUUCUCCUUUUUCAUGUCUGUAAAUCAAAUUCUUCAAGACACACAACUAUUCAUUUUUAAGAAUACUGGAACUUGGUGCUUUUUAUAACAUAGGAAUUGGCUUAUAAUAUUUGUAUUAAUUUUUGCUCCACUCUGUUACCAUUAUUCUCAGUGUUGAUACAAAUAAGAGCUUAAAAUUUCUUUCUUUUUAUCCAUUUAUUUCCAUGUGACAGAUCCAGAAAAAUAAUUUAAAUUAAGUGGGAUAGGGGCCAGUUCUGAAGCACAUUAUUUUUGUUGUAAAUUGUCUGCUAAAUCCAGUUGUGUAACAUGUUUGGUUUAUUUUACUAAAGUUAUUAGAAUAUUUGGUUUCGAUAUGGAGCAAUUUCUUUUGGAUGAGAGCGAAUAUGUUUAGCCACAGAAUACUUCACAUACAUACAUUUCUUUCUAAUACUCUAGCACAUACAUCUUGAAAUUCAAGUGUUAUUUGUCAUUAUGUCCUGUUUGUGAACAUCAACCAAAGCUUACAGUAUCAGUAACUGGCAAAGUCUAUAAAAUGAACAUCUUGGGCUCUUCAUUACUGUCUUAAAAUUUUGACAAAAUGUUGUUGACAUCAUGAUCUGGCCCUCAUUCAGUUGUAUAUUAGGUUACUGUAUCCACAAUUGAUUUGACCUGAGGUUUGUGUGAGCAGGUAUAAGUUUUUUAUAUAAAUUACACUGAACUAUUGUAAUUUUAUAGCUGGUUUUGUUGUUUGUAGUUAAGUAUGAAAAAUUUAAAAGAAUGUGAUGACUGAAGGUGAGCUAGGAUAUCUCAAAUAUAUAAAGACCAUGAAUUCCUCUGACAUCACUUUUUAAUAUAAGGUGAUCCUAUUUCUGGGGAAAAAAGGAAUGCAGUCCCAUUGUUUUUAAUUUGUUUUCCUCUUUGCUGCUCACGUGUGUACCUCACAUCCAGUUUUCGUAUUCUUUGAUGUUAGUUACAUUCUUGUGGCACCUAAAUUUUAAGGUGCUGAUAGUGACAUAACAGCUGGCUAGACAAUGAUAAAAAGAGAAUUAAAGCAACUUUCUCUAUAUUUCAACCAUGUUUAAAACAUAAAUUAUGUUUUCAUAGUGGUAAUUAUUACAUAAUACUGAGAAAAAAUAUAAUAAGCCAUGUGUUGCAUCAUUCUAGCCUUGCCCUGUACCAUUAUUUAUGACUCAUAAUUAUCAGCAUAAAGAACAGUUCAGAAGUGCGUUAUACUUAACAAUUGUUUGUUAUCUGUGAGAUGUAUAUGUUUCUUAUGUGUGUGUUUAUGCUGGUAAUAAUUUUCUUGUGAAAAGAAUGUGAUUACGUAAGGCAAGAUAAGGUGUCACAUAUAUCAUACAAAGACUAUGAAUUCCUAUGACAUCGCUUUAUAUUAAAAAGUGAUCCUAUUUUAGUAUAAAGUUAUGAUAUUCCUAUUUUGGUUAAUUUGUCUCUCUCUUUCUAUCAACACGAGUGACACACACACACACACACACACACACACACACACACACACACACAAACACACAGUUUCUCUACAUUAUCUGAACACUUAUGUGACACUUCUGUUUUAAAAUUCUGAAAGUGACUACUACUAUUUAGGCAACCAACGUUAAAGAAAUGAAAGCAGCUUCCUCAGACAAAGGAACAUUCUGCUCUGUGAAUGAAUAGAGGGGGUUGGGUACAGUAAAUAGAUACAGCUGCAACGUUGCAUUCUGAGUCUCCCCUACCACCAUCUCUCAAGCAUUCACAUCCAUAUAUUUUUUGCUGUGUUUAAAGACUUUAUUAUAUUUGUGGGUAGUCAUUAAGUUUUGGUUAUUAACUAGGAAAAAUAAAGUUAUGUAAUUCAUGCUUUAUUUGUUUGCAGUUUAAUGUUUGCAGUCUUAUAACACACUGAAAUUCCCAUGCCACAGCACCAUAGUCAUCCACUAGAUGUGCCAAAACCAAAUGGUGUAGCCGAUUGAUAAAGUGGAGAUGGGCUGUGCAUAUUGUUUUGGAUCCUCUAACAGCAUGCUGUGGUACUGUGGCAUGGGGAUAUCACUGUUAUUGGCAAACAAACAAAAAAUUAACUAUGCAAAUUUAUAUUUUCAAGGUGGUAGUUAAAACUUGAUGACAACCUCUUGUACAUAUUUCACUUCAUCAGUGGACUGAGCCAUUUAGUUCAGGUUUUUCUAGCACCUUGCUGCUAUACCGUGCUAUCAGGAUUUUAUUAUGUAUCAGGUCUGAAAAUGCAACUACUCUUUGUAAUUCUGAAUUACUUGUCUUCAUUUUAAACUUUCCUGCUGAGUUAACCUCAAUCUUAAAAUAUAAAUGACUAACAAUACUUAAACCCUAGGAUACCACAAUUUAAUUAUUUAUAUUUCCUCUUACAAAACCACAAACCCAAAUACUUGCAAUAAGUGCAGUGAUAACUCACUUUGUGGGUGUCUUAAAUAUUGGAAUGUAAACUGUACUAGUUCAUCAUAAGUCGUUAGUUACAAACCAUUAUGUAUAUUGUUUUCAUUUGCCAUGUCAACUGCACAAUGUAGUCAUUCAGCUUAGGUAAUGCUCCUUUAAUAUUUGCUCUCCUACGGUUCGUUGUUUGAAUUUCUUAUGCAUACACAGCUGUUAAAAUCAGCACAUGAUUGAUGAAAAUGCUACUGAGACAAAAAGUAAUUUAUUUUUCAGAACAGUGAUUCAUCAACAAAAUCCAAAAUGCAUUCAGCUAGCUUGAGGAAUAGAAGUAGUAUUUCCAUGCACCACAUAGUGAACACAUGAUGACAGAGUUAAUUCUACUGAAAAGUUUUAGUGCAUUCGUUAAAUACUCAUCGUGUGAGACCAUAAGGAGCUUCUUUGUUUCUAUUUUCCCACAUUCCUAAUAACUGGAGCAGAUAUUUGUUUCAGUUUCUUCCAUUUCUCACAUCCUUGCUUUUUGUUACUACUUUCCCCCUAUAGAGACUAAAGUUAUCACAUACAGUUUGUCACCCAUCAUCUCAAUUUCUUUUAAUUACCUGCCACAUCGUCAAAAACGUAGAACAGUUUCUAAUCUGACUCCCCUUCUCACCUACACAACUUUCACCCAACUUGCAAUGUUCUGCAGAGAAACAAAGACAUAUUUGCAUAUCACAAAGUGGAAAGCCAGUUUCGUUGGCAUUCACAAUCUGAUAUUACCAACACCUAUCCUGAAGUGUCACUCUUUCAUUCAUGUGUAUGUCACCCCACCCUCCUCUAUCUCCCUUUCCCUAUUUCCAUCUCUUAUUCUAAAUCCUUUACACACCCCUACCACAAUCUUCUUAGCAUUCUUUCUAGCAACCCUCUACCCUGUCCACUGUCUCCCUUCUUUUGUGGCAGCCAUCUACCUGCAUGUAUGUACAUGUUUCACUCUGUCAUAUCACCAAACUCUGCUGCUUCUCUCUCAUCCCAACCUAGCCCAUUCAGUUUUCCCACAUCAUACACUAAUCAGAUCAUCACUACUUGCCUCAUUUGGGGCUGUAGUGACUGUGUGUGCAUGUUGUCACUCUGAAUCAAGGACUUUAUCAGAAAGCUUUGCCAUUUAUCAUAUUAUAUGUGCUUAUAUACUGCCAAGUGCUCUUCUAUAAUGAUAAAAGUAUUUCCUGGCUGGAACAAUGCAUAAAAAUAAGGGAAUGGCAACCACUCACCUAUAGCAGACUAAUGUGUGACACACAGAAACACCUAACAGAAAACAGUAUUCACACUAGCUCUUGCUUUUUUAAGUAAAAGUACACAUGUUCACACACACAGUCACACAGGAUAGCUCAGAAACAAGUGUGAAUAUUGUUUUCUGCUAUGUGUUUCUAUGUGCCACGCAUCAGUCUGCUUUGGUUAAGUGGUUGCCUUUCCCCUAUUUUACAUCCAGUACCUAUCCUAGUUGAUUUGUAGUCACCUAGGCAUAUAUAAAUAAUUCUGUCCAUUUUGAAUUCUCUGUGGAACAGCUUUUGAAGAACUUCACUACAACUACUGCAUGGUAUUCUAUGAGAGUGGAACCAGAAACUAACUAUCCACCUUGAUGAAAGUCCACUGUAAAUCUUUUGUCUUGGGUGAAUUAGAUCAGUCAGUUUUGGAGCAUACUACUCAACACAGUGAGGUUGACUUCAAUGACUGUUCAACAACCACUGUGAUUUAUAUCUCCUCCCUCCCUUAUCAUCAUCACAUUUUUUUACAGGCUGUGCCACAAGGGAGAUUUUUCCUGCAACACAGUCUACAUUCCUGUGUCAUAGCCCCCCCCCCCCCUCCCCCUCCCCCCAACCACAAUCACCACCACUACCUCAACCACCACCACAUCAUCUCACCUCAGUCUCCUGCAGUCCUCAUCUUCUACCUUGUCUUUAUCCCUUCUCCUCUUUCCACCCCAUAUCAUCCUCCUGCCCUCAUCCCAGCAUCACAAUCUAUCUGAUUCUUUUCUACACCUCUCUCUCAUCUGUAUCUUCCUUCCUUUAUUUUUUUUUAUGCCUUUCUUCUCAUCUGGAUCACCCACAUCCCCCCCUGUACUCUGCAUCCUGAUGUACAUGUCAGAUAUCUCCCUCAUACAUACAACUCUCCUGUGGGCUUUCCUAAUGUUCUCAGUUGCUAUUCAUUCUUCUCCUCAUCCUAUGCUACUUUUGUGUCUACUGUAUCUGUUCUCACCCAGAGCUCUGUUAACCCUUGUCAUGCUGCUUUGGUGGGGAACAGAGUUUAUGUAUUGAUAUAUGAAUGAUGAAAACCUGAAACAUGUUAUUACAGUUUGAACUUUUUAAUGUGUGAAACAUGUGUUACAAAUGUUAUCUACCUUUUUGCUUUCCAACCUUGAUCCUGUCUUGGUCAGCCAGGAAUCUUUUAUUUAAAUGAUCAAAUUUCACCAUUUUUGUUAAAAACUGGAAUUUAUAGAAGACAUAAUAGGGGCUGUCCCUAGUUAUCAUCAUACUCUCAUAUAAGGCAGUAACUAAUGGGAAAAAAUUCCAUUAAGGACUGUGUUAUCUGUAUAAUGCAGUUUGUUGCAAGGUACUGGAUACCCAAAAUAGUAAAUGUCUUUCCCUCCAAUUUCUGUGUAGCAGGUUUAGUUAAGCAUUGUAUCUUAUACAUUUAUCUAGCACACUCUGUACAAAAUGUAACAACUCACUAUACGCAGUUGCUGUUUUGUAGAGUGAAUCUCCUUCGUAGCCUCUGCCAUCGAGCAGUUAUUUAUUCUCUUUUAUCUAUACAUCUGAAGAUUAGUUGUUGAAAUGGGGAGAGAAGGCAGGUAGCUCUUUGAGCAAAAGGGGAGAAAUAAUGAUAGCAGCAACCAUCUUGUGCAGUCACCACACAAUGUUCUUGUUGGCAGUGUAGUAGAAAAACUGAGCACACAAGUGCAAAGGGAAUAUUGAUGUGUCAGUAGUCUGAAAAUAUGCUAAUGAUCUAUUCUUUGAAAUUUAUUGAGCUUGUAAUUGCUUUAAAGAGUAUAUAGAAAUUGUGCUUAUGUCAUAUGAUAGACAAAAUUUCAAGCAUUCCUAACAAAAGUGAAUUUAUGGACUUCAUUAAUUUUCCUCAGAAGACAAAAUCAGGUACUGAAAAUAUGUUGAUAAUCAAAACCAAUUAAAAGCUACCACAUUUAAAAAUCAUUAUGCUUACUGUGUAUCCUGCUGUGUUGUGCACCUUCAGUGAAGAAUAGUUGUACACUAAUCAAACAAAUUACAACAAUAAAAAAAGAAAUGCAUUAUUUCCACAUUUUAUGCUUUAUUCCAGAAAAACAGUAUUGCAGAGUUCAUUACUUAGAGUAUUGUUGCUGCUGUUUCUCAGUGACUAAGCUAUUUGGAGAUUAACUGGAUGGUUCACUGAUAGUGUUACAUAAAUCAUUAUGAAGAGUGUGAGCUCUGUGGGGCAAACUGUAGAUUUUGUUCAUAUCUUAAUGAAGGAGGGAAAGAGACAUGCUCAGCUGUUGGUAGAAAUCAGAGUUAAUGUUUAAUAAUCACAUGAAUUACAUGCCCAGUUACCACUCUACAAAUUCCACUAUGUGUUUUAUUCUUAAUUGGUUCUUGUACCUAGAUCUGUGAGUAGAUUUUUCUUCAUCUACCUUCUCUACUCAAUACUUGCAUGUCUCACUUCAGAAAUGAAGCACAUUUCCAAGAGCAUAAAUAGCUCCUUAACAUUCAUCGUGCUCAUCUGCCAUAGCCCUUUAGUCAUCAGGAUCUGAAAAUUUAUUCUUGGUUGUAAUAUUUUCACUUAAUGACCCAGAGAAAUUUAUGAUAAUAGAAAUACAACUAUUAUAUAGUAAUACUGUUAUAAUUAAUGCUAUCACUUUUACUUUUUGAAAUAGUAUGUGUGAUAGAAAUUUAUCCUUUGUUCAGUAGGAAAUAGUUAGUCAUUACGCUGUGAAAUACAAUGUAAUAUAAUUAUAUUGCAGCUGAUGUCUUAUUUAUGUCAUAUAUUCUGUCAUUUUUAAUCUUGUGCCAACAGACAGAAUUAUCCCAUGUGUGCUAUUGUUGACAACUUUUCGUGAUCUCCCUAAGACGAGAAGGAUAUGUUAACUGCAAUCAUAAAAUAUAUAUAUUGACAUUUUUGUGAAUGAUAAUAUGCCAUCAAUGCCUUCAUUUUGGCAUAAAUUUUAUAUUGUAAAGUAUGCAUGUGUCUGUGUGAUAUGGUGGUAAAAUUUAGUGCAGAGAUUUAGUUUCAGUGUGUACAAAUUCUGACUUGUCUUGUUACUAGUUCCACUCUUUGUAUUGGAUUUAUAUGUAAACUGUAAACCGAAGAGAAUGUAAGUGUAAACAUUUCACAAAACUUAACUGGCAAUUUGACAUUUGUUAAAACUGAAUGUAAUUUUCUUUAUAAGAUACCAGUUGUGUCAGCUCCCCGUUAAUUGCUGCUGUGUAGCAAAGUUGGGAGCAUGAAUGUGAAAUAUAAUACAAUUCAUUUUUACUGAUGGUUUUUCUGCAGUUUAUUUGUUUGUGAAUUUAUUGUGUCCUCAUUGUGUUUCCUUUUGAGUAAACAUGAAGACUGAUAUAAUUCAAUUGGAGUGUGACUGUUAAUGAAUUUAAUUAAAUUUGAAUAUAUAAUGUAAUAUUCCUAUUUUAAUGUAAACAUUUCUU